GCCGCUCGACCAAUCAGCGCCCGGCAACCUUGUUUACAGUCUUUGAUCAUGACAGGUGACUCUCCGAAAAGUGAAGUGAUAUAUGGCCCCUAGGCCUAUUUCGAGGCCUAUUUUCGAGGCGGAAAGGGAGGAAAUAAGGCGCCGGUUAUUAUCUAAGAUUGUCCAGGCUUAGUUGAAUGAAUGAGCAUAGGCUAUACAAUGGAAUCUAGUGCAGAAGGAACUGUAAAUAGUUUGCCAAAGUCUUCAGAGCCGUACAUGAAGGGAGUGAACGUGAAAGAUGUUGCCAACAGUGUUACUGCGAGCGAGUGUGUGGAAAACAAGGAGAAAACUCACGCACUCCUACAGUGCCAUUCAUCAAGGUCAGAGGUGAAUCAGUUACAUGGUCUAGUGCCACAACAGGACAGUUCCCAGGCUUUGCACGUUGCUUUCCCGAUAUCCGAAGGUGACUUUAGGUCAGCCACUCCCAUUCAGGUUUCGUUGCUUGACGGCCAAGUUAUCCACUUGACAUCCAGACCACUUAUGAAUCAUCGUAAGAAAGGGAGACGACUCAGUUCUGGUGAACGUGAUGAGGAGAUAAGGUCAGGGCAGACAGACACAGAAAAAUCAAUGGACAGGACCCUAUCAUUUAUUUCAUCCAGUGAGAAAACAUACAUUUUGCCUCAAGGUAUCAGCAUUGAGGGGGACUAUUUGUUGACAGAAGACGUGCUGUGUGAGGAUAUCCUGCAGCCAAGUAACGUGCUUCCAGAGGAACAGAUAUUGACUAUUCCGUCCCCUUCACACGUAGAGCUUGCAGUGGGCACAAAGCCAGAUCCUUUAGCUAUUGCAGCUAGUGAAGUGUUUAGCAACAGCUGUAUUAGUCUUCCAUUACAAGAAACUAGGUGUCUGAGUGAUUCUGUCGAAUACCAGAUAUCUGAAACAAGCGUGGACGCUGUUGAGGAAGUUUCGUGUGAAGUUGUAACUGGUUCCUAUAGACCCCAAGAAGCACAACCAUCAUUUUCAGACUGUAAUGGUACAAGCUCUUUAAAAAGUGAAGUGCAAAAUGUAGAAGAUGAGAAGGGUAAAGUUGGUCGUACGUGUGUGUCCAUUAAACAGGUUGAGUCAGGAAAAUGCAGAAAGAGCCGAUUGUUGAAAUAUUACGUAACUGGCGACGGGAAGAGCAAUUUUCCAGAUAAAUCUAGAUCUCGCAAGUUGUAUGUCGUCUCGGGUCAUUCCCCAAUCAAGUCUGGCCAAUCUGCAGACAUGAUCUCUCCCCAGUCAGUGGUGAUUAGAGAAAGAUGUACAAAAGGGAAAGAUAAUCCAAGUGAAGUAGUAGUAAAAGAAGAAGUAGUCAUAAAGGAAGAAGUGGUGUUUAAGAGGUUGGAGUGCUUGCCACCUGUGUCAUUAGAAAGAACAUCUACCGGUCCCAUUAGCUGUGUGGAAACAAACAGCGCAGGCUCACAACCUGCCACAACGGAAGGCGUUUCCAAAGUGCCUGUCAGUUGUGUUGAAACAAAGUAUGCAGAAGAGGGAAUGCUUUUUUCGGGGACGACGUUACGUAGGUCUCCUAGGGUACCCAAGGUCAAAAAGGAGUUUGUUGAAGAUGAGAGUUCCUUUCCUGAAGAAAUGGAUGGCUUCAGGAAGAGGCAGCCAACGAGAGGAGAUGUGAAGAGGCCCCUCUGGGACUGCGUCAAGUGUGAUGCCAUGUUCAGGACAAAAGCGAGUCGGAAUCGACACAUGCAGGAGGGGCAUCUGUUCAAGUGUUACUUGUGUCAGUGGCAGGGUUUGACGAAGACGAGUUACGAGAUUCACAUUUCCACAGUUCACUGCACCCAGAAGGCUCGAUGCUUAAAAUGCAGGAAAGACUUUGCAAACUACAAGGAAUACAAGGAACACAUGGAGUCGAGACAUCCCCAGGUAAUGGUAGACAAGUCAAAUGAUAAUGAUUACUGCUCUGAAGGUAGUUCUGGUAUGAAGGAGAGAGUUUUUGAAGAAGAAGAAGAAGAGGAGGAGGAGGAUUCCAUGUACAUGUAUGAAACCGACCGAAAGGACAUCAUAAGACCUGAGUGGGAAAGGUUGCAAGAAGGAAAACGUGUCUGCCCGUACUGCGGUAAAAAAUUCGAGCGUCACGGCCGUUUCAUUCGACACAUCAACUUCCACUUGGGAAACAAAUCAUUCAGGUGUAAAUUCUGUGAGAAAUGUUUUGUGGAGAAGAGUGGAUUGAAAGCACACAUCAUGACGCACAGGCCGGUCAACGAGCCUUGCCCACAAUGCGGAAAGAUUUUCAAAACUCAUCGAACAUUGACGCGACAUCUCCGCACUCAUUUGAACAUGUUGUACAAAUGUGCCCUGUGCCCCAAGGAGUUUCGACACGAAGAGUCACUCAGAGUUCAUAAGAAGAUUCACCAAGAGGGAGGGAGUGGGAAUGUUUGUGGGUACUGUGGUAAGGACUGCAAAACACCCUAUUACCUACAGUUACACAUGACCAAUAAGCACGAGGGACUGAAAUACAAGUGUAAGGUGUGUCAUCGUUCUUUCGAGUGGAAGCAGAGUUACCACAAGCACAUGGUCAUUCAUAACGAGAAUUCUGAUGGCACUGUAAAAUUCACGAGCGGUGUGGCCUUCCGUAAGGCCCAUGAGUACAAGCACAGUCAGGUGAAGAAGUAUUCCUGCGACAUCUGUGGCAAAUGGUUUCAGUCUGGAAACAUCAGAGAUAAACAUGCCAAAACUGUGCACCAGGAACUGCGUGAACACAUGUGUCCACAGUGUGGCGCCCUCUUCAAAGCGAAGUCGUAUUUGGAUCAGCAUUUACUGCAAGUACAUACGACCAAAGAGAGGGUCAAGUGUCAGACUUGUGGGCACGAUUUCAAAACAGAGGCCAUCUUGAAGAGCCACAUUAAGUUAGUUCACAAUACUACAAGUGGCAAGUAUGCUUGCCAGGUGUGCAAAAAGACCUUCUUCGCACCAAAAGAUCUCGCCCGCCACAACAAGGUCCACACCGGCGAGAAAAACCAUGUUUGUCCAGUCUGUCGCCGCUGCUUUUCACGUAAGGACAACAUGACCUCUCACCUUCGCACUCACUCGAGAGAGAGUGUGCAGGAACAGCUGCCAAGUGCUGAGGGCUCUAUUGAGGCAGCUAAAGAUGCACCGCAAUCUAGUCCACAAGAAUCACUAGAGUUGUUGGGCUUAUCGCCCGACGGUCCAUCUUCCAGUUCAGUCAGUGCUUCUAGCAACCUCCAGUCUGUCAGCACACCUUCCAACGUUAUGGAUUCGGUUACGUCACUGGUUUCAAGCAGCAUCACCUUCUCUGCUGUCCCUCUACCCUCCAUCUCUCUGCCAUCCAGCAUAUCUAGUUCUCUCUCGAAUACCGUCGUGUACUCAAACAGUUCGCCAUCGUCAGCGUGUAUUGUCUUGUCCAGCAAACCCUCGUCAUCCACGUUACCCGUGGUGGUGUUUUCAGGGUCGGCUGUUUCCAACAGUCACAUGCUUUCACAUUCACAGCCUGCUUUGAGCAGUGUCUCCCUUGGUAAUAUACAUUCCAAUAUGAAUGAUUUCCCAAUAAGCCCUCCUUCAACUUCUCUGUCAAACCUGUCUUCAGUUACAACUUUAACAUACUGCAAUAAUAGUGUUGUUCCUUUAGCACCCUCAUCAUCUAACACAUUAUACACAGGAUCAACUCAUCAUGCAACUUCCUCCACACCCCAUCUUUCUCUUUCCUCCAUAAUGCCCGUAUCCUCCAGUACACACGACACAUGCGUGGAAUCAGUGCCACAAGAGACGUCAGUGUUCAAUCCAGCUCUUCAUGCAGAGCAAAUUGUACUCGCCGAAGAGGUCCUCGCUUCAACUUCGGCGAUUUCAUCACAGCCUUAACAGUCCCAGAUGUAACUGGGGAUGCAGCUAAGUAACAUUUGUGAAGAGCUACAACAAACGUUGAUCUAACCGAAUUAUUAUUAUGACUUUUCCCAGUGGCUUUCCAAAGUAAAGUUCAUGCAAAGUCUAGAACAUUGUUGACGCUUACUAGACCUUUUAAAUAAAGAGCAGCAGUCUGCUUCUUGUUGAGCUUACCACUUGGGGACCAUUUCUGACCCCUGGGUCAUAGCACAUUACCAGUAGUCAGUAGUAUGUGUUCAUUGUAUUUUUUCAUAUUGAAAAGAAUGUCUGCCAGCAGAGAAUUGAUUCUGUUCGACUCCAAAAGGAAAAUGGAAUUUCCAUUCUAAAUAAGACCCCCCAUCACCAACAGGAAAAGCCAACUGAUUCUCACUUGUCAGUGAUUCCAAUAAACAUUUUGGCUUUAUUUUGAACCCCUGCUCUUGCAGGAUCAAGUAGCUUCUUGUUGAUUUUAAAUAGUUAUGCAUUUUAUUUAAAGCCAACAGACAAUUUUUUUGCAAGUAUAUCCCCUAUAAUUUAUCUAGACUUAGUUUUAGGCCAUGAUCCUAUCAGUGCUACAACUCACACUGACUGACAUGCCAAAUGUUGUGGUCUUUGUAGUUUAAUAAUAGCAUGUUGCAAUUUAACAUUGUAUAGGAAAAAUUAAAUCUUAUAUUACUUUCUUCUAGUCACACUCAGUUCUGUAUCUCAUAUUUUGUUUAUUAUAUGUUGUGGUCUGUUAAAUUUACUUUCAUUUGGCAGUUUGGGCCUCUGGGUGACCUUUUGCCACACCUGCCAUACUCUGAAGGCCCAUCGCAAGCUUCAGUAAUGGUCACAAGCUUCUUCCAUUUGUGGGUAGCUUCUAACCUUCCUACUGAUCAGUGCCCAGUCUUGGUGUUGGGGCGAUUCACCUGUGGUUGAUUAAAUCUCAGUCCACUGUUUUCUGUGCCAGAAAAUUAUACUAAAAAACAUAUGUUUUAUGGAGAGGACUGAUACUAUUCUUAUUGCAAACUCUACAGGUUGCAGUAAUCCAUGAUUGAAUGAUAUCAGUCCCACUUGAAUCUCGUCCAUUGUAGGGAAGACAGUCACAACAUCUAUGAGGUCACUUCUUUGUUUACUUUAUGUUGAAAUCUGUAAUCCUUGUUUUACACAUUUUUAUGUACAUUUUGAUUCCCAUGCCAAUAGGCUUUGUGUUGCUCCUGUCCUGCUUAUUUUUCCUUAUCACAAGGUUGCAUCAGGUUAACCCCCAGGCUGCUUCUUAGUUUUCCUUACCCUUCCUUUUCUUGGUUUUAAAUUGGACCAAGCUAAAGUUGGAUGUGAAAGGCUAUCCUUUUUACCUAGUUGUAAACUUUAUAAUCAGUCUUGUGUCGUUUUCUUUAGAGAAUUGCUUUUAUAAAAUAUUUUAUAGUUUAUUGAUGAUUUUUUACCAGUUGGUACAUUGGCACAGUAUAAAUGUACACAUUUAUUAAUUUUGUAAUUUCUAUCUGCUAAUUCUUUUUGUGUUCAUUUCCUUUUAACAUUUUUGUGAGGUUAGAUUUUUAACAUUUUUGUCCAUUCAUUUAGAAGUUAGUACACCUAUCAUCACACUUCAAAUGUCAGAAUUAUAGACAUUUUGUAGUCUCUUAUGCCAAUUUUGUUUUUAGUAUUUUGUCUUGCAAUGAAAAAAAUUGCAUUUUCUUUAUAUUUUAUACCUGUGUAUUAACCACUACGUAUUGCCAGAACCCACAUCAGGUCUGGGUCUCCACUCGAUCAAAUGAUUUCCCAGGCCCUCUUGCUACUUCCGUAACCAUCUCUGUCGACUGAUUAAUUUGUGGGAGUUUGAUAUUGCAGAUAUUUCUGAAGGUUUUUCCAACUUCUGCUUUUUAUAUCAACCAUUAGUCCCUUUUGUCAUGGCAGCAUCCUCCAGUUCAUAUUUAUUUUCUCUAUUCAGGUCUUCAGGAUGCUGCUUGAUGUCAUUCCAUGAUCGUUUUACUCUUUUAAUUUCUGUUUUCGAAAACAUCUCUUAUAUUCUUUUGCCCCUUAGCUACUUUGCUAACCUUAGAUUUAAUCUUUUACAUUCUGAUGUAAAAUAUGUCAGUUCCAUUCCUCCUGACCCUUCUUCUCAGCCUUUUCCUUGUAGCAUUCCUCUUCCUCUUCCCCCAGGGGGGGUUAGUGCCGUCGGUGCAACUUGUGUGGUGCACUGUAGGCAUUAAGGUUCUUUGCAGCAUCUCUUCAGCCCCUAGCUGCAACCAUUUUCAUUCCUAUUACUGUACUUCUGUUCAUAUUUGCUUCCUUCUUUCUUCCUUUCUACCCUCUCCUAUUCAUUCAUAGUGCAGUUGCUUUGAUGCUUUCCUCCUGUUACACCUUUCAAACCUUUUGACUGUCAGUUUCCAUUUCAACACUGAAUGACCUCAUAGGUCCCAGUGCUUGGCCUUUGGCGUAAAUCCUAUUCCUAUAUACAUAUUAUUAUAUCAUUUUCUGUCCUCCUGAUGCCUUUUGUAAGCCUUCUUUCAGCCAUUUUCUAUGGACAGUUAUUUAUGGAAUUUAUUUUAAUCCUGUUAAUUAUGCUCAUUAAAUAUCAAGGGUUAUUUUUUGUAUAAUGUAUUUUUGAAGCAUUUCAAGUGAUUAAUUACAAGUGAUGGAUGCAGGUAGUUGAUGCUACUUGUAAUAAUCUCAUGUCAUAGAAAUGUAAACUUGUUCAUUUUAGUUGCUGGUUUGACUAGUUAAGUGUUUUGGCCACACAACGGGUAGAUGCUCGAGAUGUCAUCUGUAUGAACGGUUCACAAAAAUGAACAGUCUAUAAAAAUUGUACAGACUGUAACCGGUGCUACUUCAAAGAGCUAAAGAUAUAUAGUAUAUAUUUUAAAUAAACAGAUUUAUUGAAUUUUUCU